GUCGGCGGUGUGCGGGGUUGUAGGGUUGAGUGCUGCGCAGGGGAUUUCGCUGGUGCCCAGACCGCGGCACUUCUAGCACUGCGUCAUAUUAUGUCGUCCCAGGUAGAAGCGGCGGCUGCUGUGGAGGAUUCUCAGGAGUCCGGGAAGUUGGACGGCUGUGGACAGAUUGCGAUGGGUGAAAGCGAAUUAAAUCGAGCCAAUGAGGAUAACCAUGAUCUGUUGGCAAAUACCGGUUUGCCUCUCUCUAUGGUAAAUGGAAAAGAAUUAUCAAACUCCGAUGGUCUGGAGGAAGUACAAAGCACAAAUAUUGAGGCUAUCAUGGUGUCAAACCACCUGGUAAACAAGCCUCAAGAGGAAACUCCUAGAAGAGAAGACACCAGACUAGGUCCACCGGAUGGGCAACAAGACCCAGGAAGUGAAAACGACAAAGAAAAGACACUUGGUAAAGAAGUUCUGCUUUUAAUGCAGGCUUUGAAUACUCUGAGAACUCCAGAGGAAAAACUGGCUGCCCUUUGCAAGAAAUAUGCUGAUCUUCUGGAAGAGAGCCGGAACUUCCAGAAACAGAUGAAGAUUUUGCAGAAGAAGCAGUCUCAGGUGAUAAAAGAAAAGGUUCAUCUACAGAGUGAGCACAGCAAGGCUAUUCUCGCACGAAGCAAGCUGGAGUCCCUCUGCAGAGAGCUUCAAAGACACAACAAAACAUUAAAGGAAGACAAUCUGCAUCAGGCACGUGAAUAUGAGGAAGAACGUAAAGAAGCCACUGCACAUUUCCAGAUGACGUUGAAUGAAAUCCAAGCACAGAUGGAGCAGCAUGAUGUGUACAAUGCUAAACUCCGCCAGGAAAAUGCAGAGCUUGGAGAUAAGUUAAAGAAACUUAUUGAGCAGUAUGCCCUGCGAGAAGAGCACAUUGAUAAAGUCUUCAAGCAUAAGGAGCUCCAGCAGCAACUAAUUGAUGCCAAACUACAGCAGACAGCUCAGCUUAUGAAGGAAUCUGAGGAACGACACCAGCGGGAAAGAGAGUUUUUGUUGAAUGAGGCUACAGAAACCAGGCAAAAAUUUGAAGAGCUUAAACAACAAGAAACCCAGCUGAAGCAGCAGCUUUCUCUGUAUAUGGAUAAAUUCGAGGAAUUUCAAACCACAAUGGCAAAAAGCAAUGAGCUUUUCACAACAUUCCGUCAAGAAAUGGAAAAGAUGACCAAGAAAAUAAAGAAAUUAGAAAAAGAAACCAUUAUUUGGCGUACCAAGUGGGAAAAUAACAAUAAAGCCCUAUUACAGAUGGCUGAAGAGAAAACCGUUAGGGAUAAGGAGCACAAAGCAUUGCAAGUGAAACUGGAGCGUCUCUGGAAAAACUCUGCAGAGCCCUCCAGACAGAACGCAAUGAGCUCAAUAAGAAGAUUGAGGGCCUUCAGGAUCAAGUGUCAGAUGGAGAUGGUGGUGGCACAGCUGAUGGAGAGUCAUUAGAGACUCAUUCAGUUCAAUCUUCAGAAGAGAAAAAAGUGGUCACAAGUAAAGAGUGUGGAAUCCAGCCUUUACCUGAACCUCCGCUGCCAGACAGACACAUUGCAUUGCAAAAGACUGUCUCAAAAGGGCCGCCUUCCGACAUUGAUUCUGUUGACUAA